AUGGGCCUCACACUCAGCGAAGCGACCCCUUCUGACUUCCCCGCCAUCGUGCGCGCCCAAUACGCCGCCUUCCACCCCCACGAAUCCAUGCACCGCAUCCUCUGGCCCUCUCCGGACCCUCCCACCCCCACCGUCCUGUCCCGCACUGUCGACCGACAGCUGCAAGCCUGGCAAGCCGACCCGCAUAUCACGUGGUUGAAAGUGACCGACGACGAGACGGGCGAGGUGGUAGCGGCUGCGAAAUGGUUCGUGUGGGCGCCCGAAUCGAAAACCCCCGACGCCAAAGAUGGCGCAGCAGCAGCAGCAGCAGCAGCAGAGUUUUUCCAGCGCCGGAGAGAAAGGAUCCAAGGGCCUUGCGUGCUGCUAGAUCAGUUGUUUUGCGCGCCGGCCCAUCAGCGCAGGGGUGCGGGCAAGUUGCUGGUUAAGUGGGGGACGCAGAGGGCCGACGAGCUGGGUGUGAAGGGCUUUGUGGAGGCGAGUUUUACCGGGAGGAGAUUGUAUGAGAGUUGUGGGUUUAAGGUCACGGAGCAGGUUUGCUUGGAGGGGGUGAAUGAGAAGGAGGAGUGGAAGGAGUACGAUAAGGUGGAGUAUCUCUUUAUGGAGAGGGAUGCGACACCACUUGUUGCCGCAUAG